AUGGAGAAGACUGAAAAAAUUUGGCUGCUUGAGGCUGAUGCUGAAAACACGAAUAGAAAGAAAGAUGCUCAAGAAAAGCAAUUGUCUCAAUUGAAGGCUGACAAUGACAAUUUGACUAAGGCCAAAUCAGUUGUUGAUGCCAAAUUGGAAGACGCUGAAAGAGAAAAAGCUGCUCUUAAUGAAGAAGUUGAAGCCGUAAUUGAGAAGUUGAGAAUUACUAAGAACGACUUGGGAAGAACCAAAGCCGAACUUGACCAACUCCAACAGAAUUUUGACUAUUUCAAGAAGAAUGCCGACACCGAUGUUGCUGAUAAGAAAAAACUCAAUGGAACUGUUAAUAAUAGCAAUAACAAGAUUGAGGAAUUGAGUGCCAAAGUCGACAAAUUUACUCACAAGAACAAGAAGUUGCUGAAGCCAACGAAGAGCUUGAAACAGUCAAGAAAGACAAAUUUGCAAAAGAAAUAG